AUGCCUCCCAAAAAGCGCAAAAACGCUGAAGCCGAAGUGGACGACCCUCAAGAGGAGACCUCGACCAAGAAACAGAAGCACCAACCCUCAGAAGCGCAUUCUGAGAAGGAGGUCGGGUCGAACUCGACAAAAGGGAUACUCGUCCUACCCUCCGGACUUUGGACGGAGACCCUGAAGAACUUGCAGGCUAUCGGACCACUUACGCGUGCACCGUCGGACACUCCAGUUCUCCCAGAAACAUAUCUCGAAAGAACUGACGCACUUCGCGCCCUCUCUCAAGUUUGUGUCGCAUAUCGACGCGCCUUCUUACCGGUUCUUUGGGAAUCUUUCACAGCGUGCUGUUCUGCUCGCGUUUCCGCAAAAACCAAGCCAGGCUCUUUCUACAAACAUAAUGGAGAGGCUCUUUUGCGCAAGUGUGCUGGGCUUACCGCAAAUCCGGAAUUGGCGGGUUUUGUUAGAGGGGCCCAUGUUAUUCUUACGCGAUAUCAAGCCGCCACACUCAUUCCAACCUUCUCAGCAGCUCUCGGCAAACUUCCGAACCUGCACACCCUCCAUGUUCUCCACGCCCACACCGCAAUGACGACAGCCUUGAAGACCGGGUUUGAAGGAGUCGCCCUGCCACAGAUUCGCACCCUGAUAAUACCGGGCAAUGGGCAUGAAAUAUUGCGCAGUUGCCCUCAUGUUUUGACUGUACGCUGCACGUCGGAGGAUGGUAGCAAGCUCAUCACGGUCAUUGGAAAACAUUGUCUAGAUGUUCAAGAAAUGCAUGGCUUCUGCACAGAGGAAAGCUAUAUGAAACGAAUCGUGAAAGCAGCCCCGAACCUACGUGUUUUCGAAAUCUCCACCUAUAAUCCAGAGAGUGUUGUCCAAUUUCUCCCCAAGUUCAAAAAUAUCAAUACCGUGAUUAUAAGAACUCCUCGCAGCCGUGAAGACAAGCAGGCUGCUGCCCUACAGGCAUGCAUCAGAACAGUCGUCAAGGGUUUCAAAUAUUUGCCUCCCUCCAGAGAGGAGAGACGUGUGCGUCUUUGGCACGACGACUGGGAGACGCGACAAUCAGAGUCGGGAGGAUUCUUCACUGAAGUUGAUCUUGAACAGGCAUGA